CAAACGGUAAAGCAACCAUUCUGUCUCGAGCUCUCCCAGCAUCAGCACCACGCGGUUACAUGCGAUCUCUGACUGGUUCCAAAGCCGGGGAAGAGUGUCGGUUUCAAACCUGAAAGACUAAAUCGAUCCGUUCUACAACACAAGGCAACAGGUUUUUCUCGACCUCUAGGACAUAAGGGCUGAAUUGUCUUUAAAAUAAGAAUAAUUUCAGCGUCGAAAGGGAAGUUGGAAGGCAAUUACUGGUGUGCGAACAAUCCACAGCUGUUGCUGUUUAAUUUGGACAGUCAUGGACGCGCUAAUGAAGGGGUUUUCAAAGGCCAAGGAUGGGGUCGUGGCAGCGGCAGAGAAGACGAAGCAGGGCGUGACAGGGGCGGCUGAGAUGACAAAAGAUGGUGUUAUGUUUGUCGGCAACAAAACAAAAGAUGGAGUCACAACAGUUGCAGGUAAAACAGUGUCUGGGGUGUCCCAGGUGGGCGGUGCCAUGGUGACAGGUGUCACAGCAGUGUGCAACAAGACUGUGGAGGGGGCGGGGAAUAUCGCUGCUGCGACCGGAUUGGUCAAGAAAGACCCAGCCAAACAGGAUGAAGAUGCUAUGUCUAAAGACUUGCCCAUCAACGAGUCUCCAGCGGACCCAGAGGGUGAUGAUGCUGCAGAGGAGGAUUCUGAUGGCUAUUAGAGUACAUUAUCUCACAACGAGCAUCAUCCAGAACUACUGUAACCAUCCAGAAUCAAUGAUUAAAGCAUUCCAUGUCGCACUGCCAAGUCCCGUCGUGCCUCGUUGUGGUCCUCAAUGGAGUCUGUGCUGUGUGUGUGUGACGAUAUGUGUGUAUGUAUAGCCUACGUCAGUGUGUGUGUGAGAGUGUGUAUGUUUGUUUCUGUACGUCAGUGAGUAUGUGUGUGUGAUGGUGUGUGUACUUCAGUGUGUGUGUGUGUCCUGGUGUCUCCGUCAGUCAGUCAGUCAGUCCUAAGGGCGGUCUAUAUGCCCUUCUGGUCCAGCUGUCACCUUCAGUGAAAGGCUGUUAGUGAAUACUGUAUACACCACUCUGUUAAUAGUGAAUACUGUAUACACCACUCUGUUAAUAGUGAAUACUGUAUACACCACUCUGCUAAUAGUGAAUACUGUAUACACCACUCUGCUAAUAGUGAAUACUGUAUAAACCACUCUGCUAAUAGUGAAUACUGUAUACACCACUCUGCUAAUAGUGAAUACUGUAUACACCACUCUGUUAAUAGUGAAUACUGUAUACACCACUCUGUUAAUAGUGAAUACUGUAUACACCACUCUAUUAAUAGUGAAUACUGUAUACACCACUCUGUUAAUAGUGAAUACUGUAUACACCACUCUGUUAAUAGUGAAUACUGUAUACACCACUCUGUUAAUAGUGAAUACUGUAUACACCACUCUGUUAAUAGUGAAUACUGUAUACACCACUCUGCUAAUAGUGAAUACUGUAUACACCACUCUAUUAAUAGUGAAUACUGUAUACACCACUCUGUUAAUAGUGAAUACUGUAUACACCACUCUGCUAAUAGUGAAUACUGUAUACACCACUCUGCUAAUAGUGAAUACUGUAUACACCACUCUGUUAAUAGUGAAUACUGUAUACACCACUCUGCUAAUAGUGAAUACUGUAUACACCACUCUGCUAAUAGUGAAUACUGUAUACACCACUCUGUUAAUAGUGAAUACUGUAUACACCACUCUGUUAAUAGUGAAUACUGUAUACACCACUCUGUUAAUAGUGAAUACUGUAUACACCACUCUGUUAAUAGUGAAUACUGUAUACACCACUCUGCUAAUAGUGAAUACUGUAUACACCACUCUGUUAAUAGUGAAUACUGUAUACACCACUCUGCUAAUAGUGAAUAUUGUAUACACCACUCUGUUAAUAGUGAAUACUGUAUACACCACUCUGCUAAUAGUGAAUAUUGUAUACACCACUCUGUUAAUAGUGAAUACUGUAUACGCCACUCUGCUAAUAGUGAAUACUGUAUACACCACUCUGUUAAUAGUGAAUACUGUAUACGCCACUCUGCUAAUAGUGAAUACUGUAUACACCACUCUGUUAAUAGUGAAUACUGUAUACACCACUCUGUUAAUAGUGAAUACUGUAUACACCACUCUGCUAAUAGUGAAUAUUGUAUACACCACUCUGUUAAUAGUGAAUACUGUAUACACCACUCUGUUAAUAGUGAAUACUGUAUACGCCACUCUGCUAAUAGUGAAUACUGUAUACACCACUCUGCUAAUAGUGAAUACUGUAUACACCACUCUAUUAAUAGUGAAUACUGUAUAGUGAUCAACCGCUGACAGUCCUGCACAGAUUAUCACUAUAUGCGAAGUGCACUGUAUUACAAUUUAUGAAAAAGCACCUAAGUAUCUAUAUAAUGAUAUAACGACUAUAUGAAUUUGAAAUUAAUUAUACUAUACUCUAUUUUUGUGUGUAAAUCGUCACAGUUGUUUGUGGUGGACUACAGUGCUAUAUGAGGUAUUUAUGGAUUCAUAUACUGUAUUUUUAUGUUCUGUAAACGCUCUAAGAGACUGGGUUGAGGUCAGUGAUAAUGAUAAAAUAUUGGGUGGAGUUUGAAACAAACAAUAACAUGGAACCAAACAAUUCAACUAACUUUAACAUGGAGUUUAGUUACAUUUGUUAAAUGUUGAAUAAAGUAUAAAUAAAAAAAUUAAGAAUA